AUGGACCAGCAAACCAAAGCCCGGCUGCUUGCCAAGAAGAUUCUGCAGCAGGACGACGACAAGGCAACACUGCAGCACAGAAUUGAUAGGAUAGAGAAGCUGCUCCAGCCCAACGACCAGUUCAGCAGCUACAUAGAGAAACGGUGGCUACAGAUGGAUGCUUCCGCGUUCGAGGCUGAGGUCAAGAAAAGUUUGGACGAUCUUGAAAAAAAGGGCCUGACUGUUGUUGUGGAUGCAAGUGGCGACAACGCGAGCGGCAUGGCAACUUUUGAAAAGGAUCACGAGCUCGCCCUGAAGGGAUCCCCAUCCAAUCAGAUGGUCGGCAGCAUCCUCGGGAUCAAGUCGUGGGCAGACGGUGCAGGUACCCGACUCUACGAGGAUUGCUUCCGGCAGCUCCUUGCGCUAAAAGUCACGAAGGUCAGAGUCAUGAACGCGAGCAUCGUCUACAACGAGGCCGGUGGGGAAGACAAUGUCCAGACACUCAACAUGCGAGGGAGGAACCUGCGUGCCAUGCGGAGGGGAGCAGAGGCCUCUGGUUUUUUGGAUAUCCGGACGACAGAGGAGUGGCGCAAGGCAAACAGUGCCUUCAAGGAUGGAAAGAUAGAUGUGGAGCAGCCGCAAUGCCAAGCACUCCUGUUUCAAAUUCCCGAAACCUGA